AUGACUGAAAAUUCUCUAGCCCAGAUAAAUGAAUUCAAUCGUGUUGUUUGGGGAGGUUCUGAUGUAAAAGCAGACUUGUUUAAGCGUUGGUGUCAAGGCUUUUCAUUUAGUCCUUUUGAAUUUAGUGCCUUGAUACAGUCAUCAGGUGGUCCAUGUGCUGUUAUUGCUACUACCCAGGCUACUAUCAUGUAUGAAAUCCUGUUCAUUCGAAAGCAGAAUCUAGCUGAUAUUACAGAUGUUGAAAAUAUGGAUAUCCUGCUUAAUGCACUUUUGAGAAUCAUUUCACUAGUCUCCUGUGAUCAUCAAGAUAGUUUUUCCUGGGUUUAUUGGUGUGAAAAUGAGGAAGUAUCUGUGACGGAGCAACCAACAAGAACAUUAUCUUCUGUCCAAGCUAACGCCAAUACACUAAAUGAUUCUACUGGAUACAGUAAUUCUUUGGAUUGUAAUUUGAAUCAGUCAGAAGAAUAUGAUUUCCAGAAGUUCAUCAAUGGAUUGAAGUGUUAUGAAGCUGAAACUGUUGAAGAACUUCGUGCAGUCGCUCUCUCAUUACUACCUCAAAUUACAUCUAAAUACGGAGUACUAUGCUUUCUUUACUCAGUUUUGUUCACACAUGGACUUCAGUCGCUGAAAAACGAGAUGAAUGGGGAAAUGGAGGCUUUAAUCGACCCAGUUCAUGGUCAUGCUAGCCAGUGUUUAAUUAAUUUAUUGAUUACUGGAGAAAGCACACCGUAUUUAUUUGAUGGUGAACGAGAUCUUGGAGGAUUUACAUUGAAAGGUAUAUCUAAACAACCGAAAACUGGUUUCCUGACGUUUGUUGAAGCAAUGAGGUAUUGUGAAGUGGGUUGGUUUUUGAAAAAUCCGUAUUAUCCAGUGUGGAUUUUGGGAUCAGAGACACACUUAACUGUCUUAGCGUCUCCAGAUAUAUCAUUAGUGUCCAAAAAUGUAAAAUCAGAAAGCAAUAAAUCAAUACCAAACAUGCAUCAAGCUGAACUUGAGUUCGGUAAUCUUAGUCCAGAUCAAGAUACAGGUGGUUUUCUCAGUUCAUCAGAUUUAGAAACGUUACUGAACAAACUGAAGCUGUCUGCAGGAUCUCUUUCAUUAAACGAUCUAACCGCGAAACUGGAUCCUGAAGGCUUAGGAAUAAUUUUAAAAAAAGAUUUCUUACAGUUUUUCUUUCCAGAAGAAAUGGCUAGACAAUGCACUACAGUCAGUAAUUUUCAACUAAUUCAUUAUAAUGGUCUGGAAAAUUCAAACAUUGACGGUCAGGUUCGGUAUAGUAUUGGCGAAGCGCACCUUAUAGAUCCUACAGAAGAACUUACUGAAACUCAACCUGUUGACCGAAGUCCUAUACAACAAUGUUUGGCGACAAAAUGGCCUACAAUACGUGUCAGAUGGAAUAAAAACAGAAGUCCAUCUUUGAAUUAA